GUGUGUGCCUAACGCGUUUGAAAAGAUCCCAACCGAAAAACAAAACCCUCGUCAAUUUCUGCGACUCCACUCGCUUCUAUCACCCCUGUAUCUGUAUCUGUAUGUAUAUAUUCACAUAUAUUCAAAUGGAGAAACAUUCAAACACACACAAACUCUCCUUUUUUCCCAACUUUCUUUCAAAAACUCACAAAAUUCUCCAUCAUACCCACCAAUCUCAUCUUCUUUCACAUAAAUUCACAAACUUUAGGUUCUGGGUCAAGUUCCUUUUGCUCAAUUUCCUGUUUUUGCUUAGUUUUUGCGUGUUUUUUGUAUAGUUUUUGUGGGUUGUGUUAUUUGCACACCAGGUGUUUGUGUAAAUGCCUGAAAGAACUAUUUGUUGUAAUUAGUCUUUAUUCUUGAAUAUUUCUUUGUGGGAUACAUGGGAAAUGUAUGUGUAGGAUCAUGCGACUCGAAAGAUGGAUUCUUUCAAUCUAUGUCGUAUCGAUACUGGUGGUCUCGGUCACCCGAUUUGAUCUGUUACAAGAAUAAAGAGUUUAACAAGGAUCAUAAAUCACCCACCCCUGUUCAAAACACACCUCCACGGUUGGUGAUCAUAGCGAAAAACGACACUAAACCGUCGUCUCAGACUGUAGUCGAUAAUCAAGAAGCGUACCAAGAUGUUGUUAAACAGUCUGAAAGCAUUGUGGUUGUGAAACAAGAGAGUAAAUUGUCGCAGCAUGUUAAAAAGCCGUAUAACGUGAAGAGAAUGUUAAGUGCAGGGUUACAAGCUGACUCCGUGUUGAAAACCAAAACCGGACAUUUAAAAGAGUACUACAACUUGGGACCGAAACUGGGUCAUGGUCAAUUCGGUACAACUUUUCUUUGCAUUGAGAAAACUACAGGAAAACGCUUCGCGUGCAAAUCAAUCGCUAAGCGGAAAUUACUCACCGAAGAAGAUGUAGAAGAUGUGAGACGGGAAAUUGAGAUCAUGCAUCAUUUAUCUGGACACCCUAAUGUGGUGUCGAUUCAAGGAGCGUAUGAAGAUUCGGUUGCGGUUCAUUUGGUUAUGGAACUAUGUGGUGGAGGUGAACUGUUUGAUAGAAUUACCCAAAAGGGUCAUUAUUCGGAACGAAAAGCGGCUGAUCUUAUUAGAACGAUUGUUGGUGUGAUUGAAGCGUGUCAUUCUUUAGGUGUUAUGCAUCGAGAUCUUAAACCGGAGAAUUUUCUUUUCGUAGAUGAAGAUGAAGAUUCGCCGCUUAAGACUAUAGAUUUUGGGCUAUCGGUUUUCUUUAAACCAGGGGAAAGGUUUACUGAUGUGGUUGGAAGUCCUUACUAUGUUGCGCCGGAAGUUUUGCUAAAAAAUUAUAGCUUAGAAGCGGAUAUAUGGAGUGCGGGUGUUAUUCUGUACAUUCUUCUUUGUGGGGUGCCUCCAUUUUGGGGAGAAUCGGAAAAUGAAAUAUUUGAAGAGGUUUUGAGGGGUAAACUUGACUUUUCCUCUGAUCCAUGGCCUAGUAUUUCUGAAAGUGCUAAAGAUUUAGUUAGGAAAAUGCUUAUUCGAGACCCUAGAAAGCGGAUCACGGCUCAUGGAGUUCUUUGCCACCCUUGGAUCAGUGAAGACGGUGUUGCUCCAGACAAGCCUCUCGAUUCCGCAGUCUUGAGUCGGUUAACUCAAUUUUCCGCCAUGAACAAGCUCAAGAAAAUGGCUCUUAGGGUUAUCGCAUCAAAACUCUCAGAAGAAGAAAUUGCGGGAUUGAAACAAAUGUUCAAGGCUAUAGAUACAGACAACAGCGGUUAUAUUACGUUUGAAGAACUGAAGGCUGGACUCAAGCGUUUUGGUUCGAAUCUUAAUGAGUCUGAGAUUUAUAAUCUAAUGCAGUCUGCGGAUAUUGAUAGUAACGGUACCAUUGACUAUGAAGAAUUUGUAGCUGCAACUUUACACAUUAACAAAGUCGAUAAGGAAGAUUAUUUGUUUACGGCUUUUUCAUAUUUCGAUAAAGAUGAUAGCGGUUAUAUCACGCUUGAUGAACUCCAACAAGCCUGCAAAGAAUUUGGAGUAGAUGAUGUUCAUUUGGAAGAAAUUAUAAAAGAAGCUGACCAGAAUAAUGAUGGUUGUAUAGAUUAUAAUGAGUUUGUAGCAAUGAUGCAUAAUGGAAGUACCCCAAAGAAACAAGUGAAGGACGGUUUUAGCGUCGCGUUAAGGGAGUCGGUGCCGAUUUGCUGAUAUGAUUCGUUUCCAUUCUUUUUUUUCGAUCUAAUCGUAUAAGAUUGUGUUCUUAACAGGUAGAUGUUAGAUUUUGGUUGACGUAUAUCUCUUCUUUUUUUACUGUGUUAAUGGCAAAACCGAAUGACCAAACUAAUCCUUGGCAUUGAAUAUACUUGUUACUGGAUAGUUGAUAAAAAAGUUCAACUUUGUCGGCGAU